AAAAAAAUUGCAACCUUAUAUGGCCCCCACCCACCGCCCAUCUUCCUCCUACUGUACAUCUUCCCCAAUUCAAACUCCACCCAAACUUCUCCACCCUAGCUUCUCGAUGCUCUCCACCACCACAUCCGCCACUCUCCCCUCUCCCUUUCUCACUUAUGUAUUCCCCCAUUUAUUCCCCCUUUAUAAAAGACUACUCCGAAUUCGGCAGCGAUGACAGAUACCACGGUAAGACCCAACCUAAGAACGAUUCCGACCUCCGCUCCGCCGCCUACGAGAUCUUCCUUGCCCUCACCCGCACUUCCUCCGCCAAGCCCCUCUCCACCGCAGCCGCCACCGACCCACAUAACCACCACCAUUUUCCUCACUCCCCCAGCUCCAACUCCAACUCCAACUCGUCUCCGUCACUCCAGCGCUCGCUCACUUCCGCCGCGGCCAGCAAGACGAAGAAAGCUCUCGGAUUGAAAUCCCCCGGGUCUGGGUCCAAGAAGAUCCCCGGGUCCGGAUCUGGCUCUGGUCAGGGCAAGUCAAAGAAGCCAUUGACGAUCGGCGAGCUGAUGAGGAUUCAAAUGCGGGUGCCGGAGGCCGACGAUUCGAGGGUUCAGAGAGUUCUUCUGCGGAUUUCCGCUGGUCAAGUUGGCUGGCGAAUCAAGACGGUGGUGCUACCGCUGGAGAGGUGGUUGGGAGAGGAGAGGGAAAGGAGGAGGAAGAGGAAGCGAAGAGAGAGAUGAUUGGAGAUGAAUGGAGGAGGAGAGGGAAAGGGAUUUGGGCAGAAGAUUGUUGCGGGGGAGGAGAGCUAGAAUUUUUUUUUAUAAUUUCAAAAUUAAUUAUUAUUGUAAUUCAAAAUGACAUGGGAAUGAUUUGAUGAUUGGUCGCUGACGUGUCCGACGAUUUGGCAUCAUAGUCAGCCUAACGUUAAUCUAACUGAUGGAGUUUCUAACACCGUUAAAGUUUCUAACGGAUUUGGCUAGAUUUGUCAUACUACCUUUAGUUUUUUGGGCUAUUUUUGGUUUUCGAAUAGUUAUGGCUAUAUUUGUCACAAACAUGAAAGUUAUGGUUAUACAAGUGUAUUUUGCAAAAAAAAAAAAAAUUAAUAUACCGGUCGAUACCCCGCCCCACGCUACUACGGAUCGGGGUGGUAAAACCCGUGCGGGUACGGGGCGGGGCGGGUCGACCCACUCUUACAUGUUGUUAAAAAAAAAAAGACAAGUAAAUUUUACUUUUUACA